AUGGUUGAAACGAGGAGUCAGAAGACCUCAGAAGAGAGAAAAGAAAUGUUAGAAGUGGAGGUCAAUACAGACCAGGCCAGGAAUGACAACCAGGAAGGACAUGGACUAGAAGGGAGAGGCAGAAGGCUGGCGAGAGUGAAAGCCAGCAAGGCUCGCCUGUUGAGUGAAGCGGAGGCGCGCAGAAAAGACAAACCGCAGGAGCUGGUGACGAAGAAAAUGCAAGCGGUAACUAAAGAGACACGUGAACCGGAAUCAGUGACUGCGGCCGAUGUCUUCAAGAUUGAUUAUAGGGCAGCCGCAGGGGAUGCUCUGAAUAGAGUGCAGCAGGAACUGGUGACGAAAGAGAUCGAACAAAAAGCUCCGAGAACGGACACACAGCUAAUGAGCUUCCUAGGGUUUGCCAAUUAUUACCGGGAGUUCAAUAAAGGAUAUGCGGACAAGGUGUAUCCGAUGCAGAAGCUGAUGCGCAACAAAGGGAAAAAGUUCGAAUGGAACGACGAAGCAGAAGUUGCCUUCGAGAACAUAAAGCGGGAACUGUGCGAAGCGCCAGUGCUAGAGUGGCUGAACGAAAUGACCUCGGACCCAGAGGGGACCAGCGUCACGAUUCAAGACGUAGAUCGUGAAAGCAUGAAAUACAUCAAGACCGAACGAGAUGAUCCUCCUGGGAAGGACAACUACUCAUUCCAGCUUCUAACCUCGACUUGA